CUUCCGGGUCUGGGCGCCGCCUCUCUUGCUGGGCUGCAUCCGUGGCGGCUUCCUUCUCGGGCCCUGUCAGACUGGGAAGAAGUGGUCUCUGCCUCCGCCGCUUCCAGCCCGGCCUUCUCCUCCUCCUCUUUCUCCUCCUGGCUGGGCCCGGAGCCCUUCGGCGCCACUGAGAAUGAGCUUCCCCGCCCGCCCCCGCUGCCUUUCUGACGACCGCCCGAGUCCAUUCAUCUAGCGACUGGUCUCUCUUGCAAUUAUGGCUAUCUAAAAGAACAAGAUAGUGUGGAGGGGGAAUCCCCCUCCCCACUCCUUUGGUUGCCUUCUAUCUUAUUUUUCUGGACAAAAGUAUAAUAUUUUAUAAAAGAAUGAAGACUUGAACUCAAAGUUUAUACUGAUGAAAAAUAUUUAUUUUUUUAAGUGUCAAGCCUUAAACAGCACAAUGUUUCCUAUGGCUACAAUCUGAAACUGAAUGAAAGGCCUGGAAAGCUUAAACUGCCUAUGAGGAAGGGGCAAAACCAGAUUGCCUUGGUGUGUUUUGGAAGGGUUUACCAGUUCAGUAAAGAGUAAGAUGAGUUCUUUGAUGCCAGACUGCACUCUGAAAUGUCGAUCACAGCAGCAUGCUUUGGACAUUGUUUCUGUUGUGACCCGAGGAAGUGAAGGCCAGAUCAAGGCCUUCCUCACUUCUCAUUGCUAUAAUGCAGCAACAAGCAAGGAUACCUUUGGUAGGAAUGCCCUCCAUCUUGCCUCUUCUUGUGGAAAGAAAGGAGUGCUAGAUUGGCUAGCAGAAACAAAUGGAGUGGAUUUGUCAGCAAAAGAUAAGGAAUCAGGAUGGACAGCUUUGCAUCGUGGCAUCUUCUAUGGCCAUAUAGAUUGUGCAUGGUCAUUACUAAAGCAUGGCGUGAACUUGUAUGUGCAGGAUAAAGAAGGCUUGUCUGCUCUGGAUCUUGUAAUGAAGGACAGACCUUCCUAUGUCAUUUUCAAAAAUUCAGAUCCUACAGAUGUCUACACUUGGGGAAACAAUAUAAAUUUCACUUUGGGUCAUGGCAGUCAACAGAGUAAACAUCAUCCUGAGUUGGUGGAUCUUUUUCCCAGGAGUGGUAUUUAUAUUAAACAGGUGGUACUCUGUAAAUUUCACUCCGUAUUUCUAACCCAGAAAGGACAGGUUUAUACCUGUGGACAUGGUCAAGGCGGACGCUUGGGUCAUGGUGAUGAACAGACUUGCUUGAUUCCAAGGCUGGUGGAGAGCUUGCUGGGUCAUCAGUGUUCUCAAGUGGCAGCAGCUAAAGAUCAUACACUUGUUUUGACGGAAGAUGGAUGUGUGUACACGUUUGGUCUCAAUACAUUUCAUCAACUUGGGGUUCUACCUCCUCCUCCAAACUGCAAUGUUCCAAGACAGGUUCAAGCCAAAAAUCUUAAAGGAAGAACGGUGAUUGGUGUGGCUGCUGGCAGGUUUCAUACAGUGCUGUGGACCAAAGAAGCAGUGUACACAAUAGGGUUGAAUGGUGGACAACUAGGUUAUUUGUCAGAUCCUAAUGGAGAGAAGUGUGUAAUUUCUCCUCGCCAAGUCUCUGCUCUGCAUCAUAAGGACAUAACUAUGUCUUUUGUCACUGCAAGCGAUGGUGCCACAGUUUGUGUUACAGAAAGAGGAGAUACCUAUUUGCUUACUGACUAUCAGUGCAAGAAGAUUGCUUCCAAGCAACUAAAUCUAAAAAAAGUCCUUGUCAGUGGAGGAUAUUUAGAUUACAGAGUGGAUCCUCAACACCUUAAAGAAAAUGGAGGUCAGAGGAUUUGUAUUCUUGCACUGGAUCAAGCUGGAAGGGUGUUUUGCUGGAAAUCUGCUAACAAUCCUAUGAAGCAGUGCCGGUGGAUCUAUGGCCGCCAAGUCUACAUGUCUGAUAUCUCUCUAAAUAGGAAUGAAAUGAUGUUCAUUACACAGGAUGGUGAAGCAUUCAAAGGAAAGUGGGUGGAUGGAAAUAAAAACUCAGAAAAGAAAGCAGAGAUAGUUUCAAACAUUCAGAAUUCCUCAAAUGACAUUUCAUCUUACGAUGCCAACAAUAUAUGUGAACGGAUACGACUUGAGAAGCUUGCUUUUGUUCACAGAGCAGUCAGUGUUGCCACAGAUCCCAAUGGUUUGAAUUUUGCCAUUUUACAGUCAGAUCCAAAAACAAGCUUGUAUGAAAUUCCAAGCGUGUCAGCAUCUAGCUUUCCUGAGGAUUUUAGCAAGUUGUUGGGAGAAGCAGAAGUUAUGGACACCAUCCAUGAUGUGACUUUCCAGGUUGGCACAAGGGCUUUCCCUGCACACAAGUAUAUUUUGGCGAUGCGUUCUGAUUUUUUCCGGAAACUCUUUGCGUCUGAUCACAGUUGGCUGGAUUCUACUGACUUUUACCGUAAAGAGGAAGAUGAUGUUGGUUGUGAUUUGUUUGUGGUUGAAAAACUUCACCCAGACUUGCUUAUGUACCUUUUGCAAUACAUUUACACAGACUCUUGUGAUCUGCUUGUUCAUGGCCACCGGCCCAAGAUGGUGUACAAAGAAAGACUGGAAGAAAAUGAAGACACCUUAAUUAAAAACUUGAAUACAAUAACUCUUCAUGGGGAUGAUAAUAGUAAGUCUGCAUUUGAGGUUUACCGAAAUAACCAGGAGCAGCUAGCAAACAAAAAACAGAAAAGUAAACCAAAAUCUGCUUCUAAGAAAUGUAAAGGUGUUGGAGAAGAAAUAAAUCUCAUCAAAAUGCUACAGGUUGCUGCAAAGAAAUUUGGACUUGGCAGUUUAAGUUCAAGGCUGGAUGGAAUCAGAAUAGAAAAUGGAAGGGUUAAUGUUGUUAACAGAAAAAGUGGAAAUAAACCAAAGUUAAACCAGGCAAAAUGUUCAUACCUCUGUGAUGUCACCAUGAAAUCUAUAGAUGGAAAGGAAUUCCCAUGCCACAAGUGUGUUCUCUGUGCAAGACUUGACUACUUUCACAGCAUGCUGAGCAACUCCUGGAUUGAGGCAUCACGCUGUGCAUCUCUGGAAAUGCCAUUCCCUUCAGACAUUCUUCAGGUCAUCCUGGAUUAUAUUUACACUGAUGAAGCUGUUGCAGUAAAGGAAUCUCAAAAUGUGGAGUUCAUCUGCAAUGUUCUUGUGGUAGCUGACCAGUUGCUUAUGUCACGACUGAAAGAAAUCUGUGAAGUGGCCAUUACAGAAAAACUUACUUUAAAGAAUGCUGCUGAGCUUCUGGAGUUUUCUGCCAUGUAUAAUGCUGAACAGCUGAAACAGUCUUGCUUAGAAUUCAUAGUGCUGAACAUGGCAGCUAUACUCGAAAUGAGGGCUCUGGAUGUUUUAAGUGAUGAUGUUCUGAAAGACCUUUCUGAUGCUUACAGGAAAGCGAUCCCUGCUAUGGUCAGAAGAGUAAUUACUCCAUAUCAAGAUGGCCCUGAUAUAAGUUAUUUGGAGCCUGAGGAGGGAGAGACGUUUGUCUUUUUGAAGGAAGAACUAAGUACAGAGCACACUUCUCAGGAAGCUCUUCUCAAAAAAGCCAAAGCAAAGGCUAAAAAGAAGCCACGAAGACGGUCAGACAGCUCAGGAGGAUAUAAUCUGUCAGAUAUUAUCCAGAGUCCAUCCUCCACAGGAAUACUGAAAUUGGACAAAACCAAUUCUGUUGAAUCUCUUCCUGAGAUGCUGAUGUCUGAUUCAGAAGGAAGUUAUGUGGGAGCGAACAGUCCUAGAGAUUUGCAGUCUCCGGACUUCACAGCAGGAUUCCAUGCAGACAAGAUUGAGGUGAAAAUGGGUGUUUCCAGUGCAUUUCCACAUGCCAACAAAGACAUGAAAACAUGUGAUGGAACAUCAGCACAAAAAAUAUCACUUCCACAGUGCAUUCCUGAUAACAAAAUCACCUCUGCAGGCUCUUCCAACUGGGUUGGCGGAUCUUUUAGUCCUGCCAGCCCUCCUGCUAUGGAUUUAAGAACUAUCAUGGAAAUUGAAGAAAAUAUGCAAAAAUGUGGAAGCUUGCCAAAGAUAAAUUCAGGUAGACCUACUCCUCAUGGGAGUAAACUUUCUCAGAAGCAAAGGAAACUUAUUGCCCUGGCUGCAAAGGACAGUAGCCCAGAUUUUGUGUCAGAUAUGGUUGUGCUGCCUACAUCCCCCAAGACUACAAAACCUGGAAAUAUCUGGGCCUCUCCAGGGCAGCCUGCUUUGCCAAAGUCAUUCCGUGAUCUCCUGAUGGAGGGGAAAAAAGCUGCUGGGGCCAGUUCUGGAAAAAUUUACGCUAAAAUGAUGGAGGAUGCACCAGCUCAGAAAACCCUGAGAUGCACAGCUGCCACUGCUCUUAUAGCAGAGAAUGAGCCUCCAUGUGAGACAGCACAGCCAGAAAACCAGAACCCUUGGUUAGCGGCAUCCUUGAUGAGUCCAGCUGCUGCAACACCUAUCACAUUUGCAGAAAUUGUAGAGGAAGAACUCCAACAAGAAGCUGCUCUUAUCCGUAGCAGAGAGAAGCCUUUAGCUUUGAUCCAGAUUGAAGAGCGUGCCAUUCAGGAUCUUUUACUCCACUAUCAAGCAAUUGGAAACCCUGAUGAGUUUGUUGUUGUUGAAAGGUCUCCUCAGGGGCCAGUAGCAGCACCUAGGUGGAACAAGCACUGAUGCACAAUGCAGUGGGGUUUUAUGAAGAUGUCCUCUGCACAAUUGUUGGGUUGUUUGUUGCUUGCAUGGAUCUGCUGGUUCUACAGUGACAUUGAGGGUAGUAAUGUUCAUCUGUGUCUUUUAUCAUAGUAUGUGUUUUGAAAAUGUAUCAUCUUUACCCAAUUUUGUAACUAGGGCACACUCUUGCAGAGGGUGCGUUUCAUAAGGGUGGAUUUGAAAACUACAUAUGAUUAAAAUCAAGUUGUAACUAGGCAUAUACAAGGUUCUUAUAAUAAUUAGGAAAAAGGUGGAAACCAAGUGUUCAUUUUCAAAUUAACUGCAAAACUUUAUUCAUGUAAACAUGUUGAAUUAAUGGGAUGGGGUGAUCAACCACAAUAUCACAAAUUUAGAUUUCUUUUAAAUAAAUGAUAAAAAAACCAUCGCUUUUGGUGUGUAAUAACAAAAAAACAAGAUUACUGUCUGUUGAAGCAAUGACACUGGCUGUCUGGUAUGUUUGUGUGCCUCUGGACUGUUUGCUCUUCUGGACGAUGCUCCUAACUAUCAAGCCUUACAGAUGUGGUGAACCUUUGUGCCGGGCAAGCAUUUUCUACUGAAUUGAGUAUGCAUUUUGCUACAAUAACAACAGGCUCAGAAGAACCAUAACUUCCAUGUGGGUUCCCGCAAUAACAAAUCGAAAUAAAUAAUAACCAUUAGUAAAUGUGUGGCAAGCUGGAAAAGGGUUCGGAAAGGCAUGCUAAAUAGCAAAGUACUGAGGGCAGUGGUGAAGCAGUUGCAUUGAAUCCACUCAAAUGAUGGGAACAUCUGCUUUUAACAAAUGCAUUGAUACCAUUUUGUACUAUGUGUUAAAAAAGGAAUGAAUUGAAAAUGUGCCUCAUUGUGAUUGUUUGUCAUUGUUGUUGGAAAAUCUUCUAAAAGAGUGUUUGCUAACUCUGAAAAAUAAUGUGCUACUUCUAUGAUGGGAUGUUUUUUCAGGGGGAGGGAAGCAGCUUUAUUUACAUCACUCAUCUGCCUUUGCUGACUGUAUGUAGAUUGGGUCUGCUGUGUUUUACUCUUAAUGGCAUUGUGAGGGCAUAAUCUGGGUUGGCAUUUAAUGCAAUUCUGUCUCAUGGUUUGGAGUUGAACCGAAGAAUGAAUCUCUGAAUGAAACUGCAAUAAAAAAUAAAGAACA